AUGGAACCCGUACUUAACCCAUCUGGGCCCCACAUGUCAUUGCUGGCUGGGAGCGAACUCCCCCCUGACAUAACAAGUAGUGGUAGAGUCCAAUUUAGCCACCACCCCUAUAAAGCUGCUGUAGUUCCAGACGCCACCCCUCUGUCCCUGCAGCCUGCAUGCCUUACUCCAGGGUGUGGAAUCCACAACACUGAGGGAGGGAGCAGCAGCUCAGCGUCGACUCAGUCAUGGGUUCCUCUCAGACAUGGGGGGGCUCCAUCACACACAGACUGGGACACUCAGCGGUGUAUUCUGGGCCUGUGGGACCGGAGAGCAGAGCGCCCGUCCCCACACUCCUGCUGCCUCCAGAGGACACAGAGACGACUCAUCCAGCUUCCAUCUGUCUUUCUGCCUGAGUUCCCACAGCGUGGACUUCCUGGACGAGACCACUUCCAGAUCCUGGGUUUCAUAGCCAAAGGCUCAUAUGGACCCAUCCUGAAAGUGAAGGACAUUACCAAAGAGAAGACCUAUGCUGUUAAGGUUCUACCAAAGUCCGACAUCUUAAAACAUGGAGUGCUGGAGCAGUCAAAAGAAGAAGUCAUCAUUCAGCGGCAGAUCAAACACCCAUUCAUCCACAAUCUGCAGGACUGCUGGCAGACACAGCACCAUCUCUUCAUUAUGUGUGACUACUGCAGCACCGGAGACUUGUACACUUACUGGUUACUGAAGGGCCGGUUUGGGGAGGAUGUGGUUCGGCUUUUUGCUGCAGAGCUGGGCAGUGCGCUGGGAUUUCUGCAUGACGUAGGGAUCAUACAUAGAGAUGUAAAGAUGGAUAACAUUGUUUUAAGUGAUCAAGGCCACCUUCGUCUGUCUGAUUUUGGACUCUCGCGGCGGCUGAAACGAGGAGGAAGGGCAUUUACAAUAUGUGGGACCAUCCAAUACAUGGCUCCUGAAGUUUUAAGUGGGGGUCCGUACAACCACGCUGCGCACUGGUGGUCUUUUGGCAUUAUGUUGUUCUCACUGGUGACAGGAGAGUUUCCAGUACCUGCAGAGCUGGACCACAGCACCAUGUUGAACACGGUCACAGAGUUUCCAUAUGUCCUACCUUGAGACCUUCAGCUCUGCUCUGAUCUUACUGCUCACCGAGCUUUUGUGCAAGAACCCACUGAACCGGCUUCGUAACCUGGAGUGUUUUAAGAUGCAGGCCUUCUUUUGUGGCACUUCAUUCGACUCUCUCAUCCUUAAAAAGAUGCCUGUUAAAGUAAUCCUGGAGCUCAGGACUCAUCCUGAUUGGACAUCCAAAGCAACGAGAGGCCUUUCAUUGGACUACUUUGCUAACUUUGACUGCGAUAAAAUCCUUCAUUCUCCGACAACUCUCCGAACUGUCUCCUACGUUGGCCAACAUGGACCUGAGCCCAGCUACAGAGCAGGCUUGUAAAGCAUAAGACUGGACUAUGUUUCUGAGAAGAAGUUGACUGGAAAUGAGAAACUGCAGAUAAUGAAUAUUUCUCUGAUACACAUCACAAUGUCUUAGACUUUGCUUUUAUAUUUUUAUAGUGGGGGAAAGUUGUCUUUUCCUCUGUAUUAACCGUAUUUACAGAUGUGUAACCUGCUGUGUUCCUGCAGCCAACUGGCUUAUUAUUUCAACCACGUUCUGCUCCAUUUUUAUUGCUGUCAGUAUAUAAUAAAGCAAAGUUGAAGGGUA